UCCAUCCAGUGAACGCCAUUGCCCUUUUGGAAAGCCGUCUUUAAGUAAAAAAAUUCCACAAAUAAACCAAUCUGUGUUUUAAUAGACAAUGUAAUUGUUUUGAUUUUUCUGUGCAAAUCACGUUUGAGAUGUUUGAUGUGAUAUGAGGCCUAAAAAAAGCCUCGAUGAGACUUAAAGUAGAUAAUGCACAAGAUAACAAAAGGCCUGAAAAAGAAGAAAAAGGGCAAAAAAUCUAAGCACAAAGAAGAAGAGCUUUUCAAGCCGGAAGAAUUAGAAGCAUAUCGUCGCGAACAUCAAGAAACCGGCGCAUCUUCAGGCCAAAACGAAGAGUGGAAGAAAUUCAUCCAACUCACAUCUGGCGUUGAUGAUAUUUUAAAAAAGACUCAAGGUGAUUUAGACCGCAUCAAAAGUACUUCGUUUUUUCAACGCGUACCACCACCAAGCCAAGUCAAAGAAAGUGAAGAAGAAGAAGAAGAAGAAAAAACCGAAGAAGCAGUUGUUGAAGAAAAUCAAGUUGCAGCUCCUGAAACCAGUCUUGGGAUCGUUCAAGUGUCAGAAUCUGAAUCGGAAGAAGAGGAAGAUGAUGAUAUUUUUGACACAGCCUACAUUGAUGAAGUAAAACUAGCUUAUAUUCCGGAAUCACCAAGUGAAGAAACCACUGGUGAUGACCCUUUUGACACUUCUAUAGCCGAAAGAGCGAUUCUAGGACCAACAGUCGUACGCAAAGGGAAGAAAUUAGUACCAAUUGGGGUCGCUGUUGAGGUUUUAACAGGACGAGUCCAAAUACCAACGUGUGCAACACCAAGACCGAGUUCAAAACGAAGACAAGUACUUAAAGAAAAGAAUUUACUUUUGGGGAGUUUUGACGAUAACGCCAACUCGAUUCAAAUUCAAGAGACUAGUGAAGUUCCUAAAACAUUACUUGAUGAAGAUCCCCCGAUUCCAUUAACUGAACCAAUCGACUUGGGGAAAAAUCUACACSAAAUUCCUGAUGAAGAUGAUGAAGAAUUUGCGAAACUAGCGGCUGAAAGUUUAGCGAAAAGUCCAGUUAGUGUCGUUGAGACUGUACCAAGUGACCAAGUGUUGGUACCGGAGGAGAAUUGGGCCGCUUUCAGUGAAGAAAAACCAGAAACCCCUCAAGAGGAGGACCCAUUCGACACCACUUUCGCUGCGAACAUUCUCCCCGGCAAAGCCGAGCUAAAAAUCAUAGAAAAUGAGAUUUUAAACUCAAGCAACGAUCUCGAUUUCGAUCCACGAGCCUCAAACGACGACAAACUCUCUCAAAUCAUCAACAAAGUCAGCAUUAAAAUCACCGAUCCUGCAGGUCAACGCGAAUCAAUCUCGUCACUUGACCGAGUCUCUGAAACUGACUUAAAUCUAAUCACUCCAACACAUCGCGAUCUACUUGGAGGAAGCAACACCGACUUGUCCAACCUCAACGAGCAACCUCUCCGACCCUUGGAACAAGUCGACGGCGACUACAUAGAGUAUUGCGACCCAUUUGAUACCUCAAUCGUCGAAAAUGCACAACUUGUAGGCCAAACCGAGUUGAAAUUCAUCGAAAAGGAACUUCUCGGUGAUAUAAAAAGCCAAGAAGAGGAGGAUUUUGAUCCGAGAAGAAGUGAACGGACUUUAUCACGACCUGAUGUACUAAAUAUCGGCGCGAAAACAGUCUCUUUUGAUCUACCAUCGCCCCAAAACGACCUACUUGAAGUUAGAGAGAAAAUCGCAAAGCCUUUAACACCAUUCUACGUGCGCAAAAACUCAGUUCCUGAAGAGUUUUUCCCAGAGGAUGACCCAUUUGACACUUCCUUUGUGAGUGAUAAACCGGGGAAAGCCGAAUUGAAGAUAAUCGAGAGUGAAUUGUUUCAAGAUUUUGAGACAAAAAUUGAUUUAUUGGCACUUGAGCAUCAAGUUCCUGUCAAAGUUCUAACACCAUUGGGGGAAAAACCGGAGAUUUCAUACAGUGAUCCUUUUGAUACGUCAAUUGCUUGUAAUAUUGUUCCGGGGAAAACCGAAUUAAAACUACUCGAGUCUGAGUUGAUUGAUCCGGGCAAAACUCCGGUUGAUUUACUUGAUAAUUUUCCGGAUCCUGCAAGUCACACUUGUCUAAAACCGGAAAGUUUCGAUUGUGACCCUUUUGAUACCAGUAUUGCUAAUAAUAUAGCACCCGGAAAAACAGAAUUGAAACUACUAGAAUCUGAAUUGAUUAAAAUGGAUGUUAAAGGAGUGAAUCCUUUUCUCCUUGAAGAUGAAUACACGUCACCACAUUCAACUGUUUCAAAUCCUUUCCUUAUGGGAGGGGAUGAGGAUUAUCCUCCCGGAAGUGAUAAUCCCUUUUUGGUUCAAGCUUCCGCCUCCUCCAACAACACCAAUCCUUUUGCUUUCGAUCCCAUGGAACUGGAACCACAACCCCCACCUCAAAAACCCACCGAUUUGGACUUGAAAUUUACAGCAGCCCCUUCAAGACCACCCCCACCACGACCCCCGAAAGAAACCCAGGAUUUGUUAAUGUCAGUCAUGGGGGCUAUGGACGCGACAAGUUCCCAUUUACUGGACCGGAUUCCUCCAACCCGGACUCCAAGUCCGGUGAAUAUGCGCGAUUUGCAUUCACCUAGUCCCACUCCGGAACCCACUUUCGGGGAUUUACUCGAUGUUGGUACCACUAUUGAACCAUUGAACCAAGACAAUGAUAUUAAUCAAAAUCCACCAAAUGAUAAUAAGCCGGUACGACCUAAACCGCCACGCCCAAAACCGCCCCCAGUUUUGGCACCAAAACCACCACCGAAAGAUGAAAUGGAGGAUAUGUUUGGGGUUGAAAAUGUGGUACCAAAAAUUGCAACCAAAGCCGAUAUUUUAAACUUGUAUAAUGCACCAAAACAGGAGAAAACCACCGAUUUGUUGUUUGAUUUGGUUGAACCGGAGGAACCCAAACCAGAACCACUCCAAGACAAUUUCAUUUCACCGGAACCAUCGUCGCAAAACGACCUACAAAUGGACACGAGUGAUAGUCAAAGUAAAGGUUCCGUGUCUAGUGUCACAUUUAAUCCAUUCGCGGCGCAGGAACCAAUCCUUGACAAUAACGUUUUUCUGCAAAAUGACGAGAACCAAUCGCCUGCUGAUAAACCUGCGACUCCUGCGACUGAUAUUUUCGCCAAUCAAGAGACUCAGGAGACCCAGGAGAAAACCGACGACGAAUUUGAUGCUUUUGCCCAAAAAUUUGAAUCGGUAAAAGAUGAAAAUAAGAACGGAUUGGAUGCGUGGGGCAACGAUUUUGGAACAAAUCAAGACAAUUCAACAGGAUUUGGCAUAGAGGAGUCGUUUGAUGCGUUUUUAGCCCUUCAGGAACCACCGACGGUACCACAAAGUACCCCAAAUCGGGUCAGCAAAGCCGCGUCGCAGGAGUCAGACGAGGACAAGGAUUUCUCAGUUUUCAUAAAGCCAAAAUCGAACGAGGAGUACAGCGGAGGGGCGUUACCAACCAUCGCCCCGCCUCCGGUACCAACCCAAGCCGCCUUCAACGACACAUCCCCACGUUUCAACCCCUUCGACCAGCAAACCGAACCCAAUCAAAUCACCACCCUAACCCAAGAAGAAGAACCAGCGGUACCAUUCGAAAUCAAACGUACUGAUUCGCAAGAAACCCUUCCCACUCCCCUCUUCGACGAAGACGUUUCGCAACCGUUGGAGCCGUUCCCCAGGACUAUCUACACCGACGCCGGUUGGGAAAUGCAAUUGCGCCAACCAAACAAGAAAAAAAUCACCGGUCAAAGAUUCUGGAAGAAAAUCUUCGUGAAGAUUGUCCAUCAAGCCGAUUGUGUUUUGUUGCAACUUUACAACCAGCAAUCGGAUAAAGACCCUUUUCAGGAGUUGCCCCUUCAGCCGUGCUACUCCGUGUCGGAAAUCGGGGCCCAACAAUACGACCAAUUCGGGAAAAUUUUCACUGUUAAAUUGCAGUAUAUUUUUUACAAAGAAAGACCAGGAGUUAGGCCAGGUCAAGUGAAGAAAGCUGAAAGAAUCACGAAUAAAUUGAGCCAAUUUGCGGCCUAUGCCAUUCAGGGGGAUUACCAAGGGGUGAAAGAGUUUGGAAGUGAUUUGAAAAAGUUGGGACUUCCGGUGGAACACGCACCACAAGUGUCACAAUUGAUGAAAUUGGGAUCUUUAAACUAUGAAGAUUUGAAACAGUUUUCGAGUAGUAUUGAAGAAGCACUCUUUAAAUUGCAAGCACAUAGAGAUAGAGCAUUGCAUUAUAAAAUGGAAGAGGUGCAAAUUACUCUAGUUGAUGAGUUAUACGUCGAGCAAGAUUCUGAAGGUCAUGUUGAAAAACAAAUAGCAAGAGUUCGGUUAUUCUUUCUUGGUUUUUUGACAGGAAUGCCCGAUAUUGAAUUAGGUGUCAAUGAUAUGAGACGACAAGGAAAAGAAGUUGUUGGACGACAUGACAUUAUUCCUGUAGUAACAGAAGAAUGGAUUCGAUUAGAAGAAGUCGAGUUUCAUUCAUGCGUACAACAGGACGAGUACCAAAAAACCCAUAUUAUCAAAUUUAAACCGCCCGACGCUUGCUAUAUCGAAUUGAUGCGAUUUCGUGUACGCCCCCCCAAAAAUCGCGAAUUGCCUUUACAACUCAAAGCAACAAUUUGUAUAACCGGAAACAGGGUUGAAUUAAGGGCUGAUGUUCUAGUACCUGGAUUCGCUUCACGAAAAUUGGGUCAAAUCCCUUGUGAAGAUGUCAUGAUUCGAUUUCCUAUUCCCGAAUGUUGGAUUUAUUUAUUCAGAGUUGAGAAACAUUUCAGAUACGGAUCUGUCAAAUCGGCACAUAGAAGAACUGGAAAAAUUAAAGGAAUUGAACGGAUUUUAGGAACUGUUGAUACUUUACAGGAAAGUUUGAUUGAAGUGACGUCAGGACAGGCGAAAUAUGAGCACCAACACAGAGCUAUAGUUUGGCGGUGUCCGAGAUUGCCAAAAGAGGGCCAAGGAGCUUACACCACCCAUAACAUGGUUUGUAAGCUCGCCUUGACCAGCUACGACCAAAUGCCCGACAAACUAGCCGAAUUUUGUUACGUCGAAUUCACAAUGCCCGCCACACAAGUCAGUCAUACGACAUGUCGAAGUGUCAGUUUACAAAAUUCAGACAGUGAUGAACCGCCUGAAAAAUACGUUCGUUAUCUCGCCAGACACGAAUACAGAGUUGGCAUUGAACACACUGAGGGUGAAUCCCCCAAUCCGUACGCCGCUGCAACAUUUGUCAAAACUGCACCGAAAGAAGAAGAAAAACCGGCAACUGUUCCAGAAGAAGAAUCAAGCUCGGACAGUGAUUAAUUUUUUCUUCCAAGUCUGCAUUAAUUGUUUGUGCCUAAAUUAGGAAUUAUACGUUGAGAAUGACUAUAAGUCGUCUUGUUGCUAUGACAACACAUCAUUAAAAACCAAUGACAGACAAUUAUUUUUCAUUGUUGCUAUGACAACACUUGUUAUAGUUAUUUCCAACGUAUGUGUUAGCGUUCGAGUCUAUUUAGCUAGGUACAAACAAAACAAGAGCUUCAACUGUUAUUAUAUUUUAAACCGAUGAAUAGAAAAAAAUAUUUAUUGCCGUAUUUAUUCACUUUGAGGGACAAUAUUAAAAAAUUAGGCUAGAAUUAUUGUAAAUUUUCGGUAUUCGUUAACUUUAAUUUAUGGUUAAAUAAACGUGUAAAUGUACUUAAAUGUCAUGUUUUGUGAUUUCAGUUGUAACAUAUCAUUAGUGUCAUGAUUUACGAAAUUUUUACAUGUGUUUAUACAAGCACAUACAGCUAGAUCCCACCAAAGACAAGUACAUAAAAAAAUUAAGUGUAAGUUGCGUGUGUAAUUAGAAAUUGUGUUAAAACUUGUUAUUGUUAAAUUAUUUAUGAAACACGUAGUGUUGACUAGUUUUAAGUUUUCUUUUUUAAAUGUUUUUUGCUCAUUUUUCAACGUUUUCAAUUGACUGAGAGAGAAAAAUCUCUACGUCAAAGAGUCGAAAAUCUAGUCACUAGUACUUAAGAAAUGUAACAUAAUUUAUUGUGGCCCAUACAAACAUAGUUUUAUCUACAGGGUGUUACGUCUAAAUCCACAUUAGAAGUAUUGGAUUAUUGAAUGAUCGUAUUUAUUUGAAAAUUGGUACAUAGCCAUAAACCAUUAAGUCCUCCUAAAUGAAAAUAUUUUCAAGAUGGCGGCACUUC